AUGAGGGGCUGGCACACGAGCAACUUUAACCUUGGGCUCGACUUGCCCCAGCUGGCAGCCGAAAAGCCCCCUCCGAUGGUCUUCCACAGCCGUUGCUUCUAUGAGCCCGGCAGCCGCCUGCACAUGUGCGUGCCCGGAGUGGACCUGGCCAACCACAGCCCCCGACCCAGCGCUGAAGUCCGACUUCAGCACAGCCCGGCAGCCUGCCAGGGCUACGAGGCGCUGGCUGAGGUUGCGGAGCCGCCGCCUCCGGAACCCAGCCGCUUCAACCUGUUGGCGGGCGAGGGGGGAAUACGGUGCGGUGAUGAGGUAACCAUUAGCUACGGCUGCUGGCCUAGCAACAGCGGCAGCAACACCAGCAUUUGCCCCGGCGAAAUUCUGACGUUGUUUGGGGACGCGGAGGAGGCGGUGAGGUGGAGCUUGGCAGCAGCGGCGGCGGCGGAGCCGGUGGACGACAAGCAGCAGCAGCAGCUUCAGCUGGCUGGUAAGGACGGCUCCGACGAAGCCAAGAAGGUCGAGGCCAUCCUACGCGAUGUCGAAGCAUUAAUGCCUGGGGAAGCCUUCUAUAAUUUGGCUAUCACAUCAGAAGGUGUCGAUGGCAGGCUUCAAGUUGUGCUGCAGGCCGCAUCUCAACAUCUUGGUCUGAACCCGCGGGACUUUUUACGACGCCGAGUGCAAGAGCGCUUAGCGCAAUUCGAAAAUGUGGAUGGCAACAGUUUCGACGGCGCGAUUGGGUGUUUUGUGCGCAGCAAGCGUGCGCUGGCGCAGUGUAUCUUGACCCAGCUGUAA